AAAAACACUCAAAUAUUAAGAAAAUUACGAAACAUGCCACUGAGACUCACAUAACUCAUUUCUCCCAAAAUCAGAACGGUUCCAAAAUUGAAACCAUCCCAAAAUCCAAAUCCUCCCUAAAUCAAUCUAGGGCUCCGACGAAGGUAGGGGACGAAGCAGCUGGCGGAUCGAGGCGGCGAAGCAACCGGCGAAGGGAGGCUGCGAAUCCGGCGAGGAAGCGCGAGACCCAGGCGGAGAAGUGAAGCCUUUGACUGCCGAGGAAUUGGAGCAGUACGAGUCCAUUUAGGAGUCCUCCGACUCUGACUCCGAUGACGGCCUUGAAGAUGAGGAAGAGGACGGCGACGAAGACGAGGAUGACGACGACGACGACGCGGAUGACGACGACGAUGAGGAUGAAGAUGAAGAUGACGACGACGAUGUCCAGGAGGUCGUACAGUCCUCCGGUGGCCCUCCGGUUCAGUCAAUAGACGAUGAGGACGACGAAGAAGACGAGGAAGACGCUGAAGGAGGCGAUGACGACGGCGACGGCGAGGGAGAUGACGACGACGGUGAGGGCGAGGAUGAGUCGGAUUUACGUUUCUCAAGUUACCGGAGCUCUGAGAGCUGGGGCGGUGGAGUACCCCGAGCGACUGGGCCAGCCUGUGUGCCAGUACUAUAUGAGGACGGGGAUGUCCAAAUUUGGCGCCACUUGUAAGUAUCACCAUCCUAAGCAGGGAGGAGGCUCUGCGGCCCCUGUAUCACUAAAUUACUAUGGAUACUCAUUACGACCGGGUGAAAGAGAGUGUUCCUACUAUGUGAAAACUGGACAAAUAAUUGGACCAGAUCUGAAAGUAUGACCAAAUAAAUGGAUGGAGCUAAUGAAAGCAAUGCUGAAGUGAGCAAACGCGAGAAGGUCAGGCUAGUAUACUACUGGGGGCCAGUACACUACUGCGGAUCAGUACACUAAUGCGGGUCAGUAUACUACUGGGGGUCAGUAUACUACUGGGGCUAGUAUACUGCUGGGGGUGACAUACUACUAAUCCUCAGUACACUACUGCUUGUAUGCGGAAGCAGCAAAGCCAGAGAUAAAUGAUAGUGUCCAAGUUUCAUAUUGUAAUAUGUACAAAUAGUUUUUGAAAUUAUUAAAUAAAUGAGUUGUUUCUAAGAAAAACAAAGAUGGAAU